UUAAUCACAGAGGGUUUUUUUUUUCCACUCUCAUUUGAAUGAGAAAGAAUAAGGAUGUAAAGAAAAGGCUGAACUUCAUAGCUGGCCCUAGCUUAAAGGCUUGCCAUCAGUUUAAACACACUUAAAAACAUUCUAGGUUACUAAAAAGCAAGGGUUUUACCCAUGAUAGGGUAGGUAGGGUGCCCCACAGACAGCCCGGGCAAGUAACUCAGGCCCCUGUCACGCUGAGGGUCACCGGGCCCCGUUCACUCCUCCUCAGGUACCAGCUGCUUUCCCCAGCCACCCCCUCGCGGGUCAUACAAUCAUAGGAUCUAUGUCACAUCCCAGGAGGCGACAACGAGUGGAAACCAAGACGGAAACCAACCCCCCCCCCCCCCCCCCCCCCGUCCCUCCCCGGGUCGCCGGCGGGCAGCCCUGGCCGGGCUCCGCUCGGAGGGGCCGCCCCGGGGCCCUCAGGCCCGGCCCCUGCCAUGUUUGCAGUCUCCAGGCAACAGCGCGCCCGGCCGGCCCCGGCCGCCUUACCUUACCUCGCAUCAGGGGAAGCGAGAGGCUAGCAGCUCCGUCGGACGCCCGCUGUCAGGCUCUAGUUGUAAAUGCUGAUGUGAUGCUCCUUGGUGAAGAUACAGGUGCUGAAAUGUCACCUCAGAGGCUUGCCACACUGCUAUGUGAAGAAGGGGACCACCAUCUAGCCCAGCAGGAGUUGCCAGAAGCCACUGCUUUCUAUUUGGCUGCCUUCAGCUGCAGUGCCCCCAUGGCUGUGCAAAAAGUGAAUUCCCUAGACAAAGAGCUCUGGGAAAAAGUGGUAGCCACCUUGGAGAUGUGGUGCAAAGACAAGAGUCAGAUUCCCAAGAUCCAGAGCAAGAACUUGGACACUGUGUCCCUCAAAGUGGAAAUAGCUGCUGCCUUUCUCUCCACCAUAAGUCCUGACAAUGUGGUGUCCUCGGUAUAUAAACUGGAGACCCUGCUCAGACGAGGAUGCUCAGAGGAGGUGGUGAGUAAAUGCAGUACUCUGCUCCAGGCUAACCCAAAGCACUCGAUGGAACUGCUGCUGCUGAGGGCGUUGGCAUGGGUGCUGUCAGGGGCACAAAUAAGGAAGGGAGUUGUGGACUAUCUCGAAGCAUUUAUGAUGCAUCGUGCUGAGGCAGUGGCCUACGUGUGUACCAGACAAAGAGAACACCUGCCACAGAUCAUCCAGGCCUUCUCUAAUUUUCUCUCAACAUGUCAGAAAGAAAGCCUGGAUUGUAGAUCCUUGGAGCAAUGGCUGGGCAACUGCUAUGACUUCCUGUCAGCAGUGGCACCAGAUGAUAUCUGCAUUUGCAGGAUGCAGGCAGAUUACCUGUUUAAGAAAAGCAAAUUUGAAGAGUGUGUGGCAGUUUGUAGCAAGGCCAUUAAGGGCUUGUCAGCAGGUAAUAAUCUCAGAGAUGAGAAAGCUUUGGGUCUGCUAUUGGAACGGGCUGCUGCAUAUUUCUUCUUGGGUGGACGGAUGCAGGAAAUGAUCCAGGAUUUAGCAGAAGCCUUUGCAGCUACCCCUGCCCAGGCAAUGAAGCACUUUGAAGAGCUUUUCUCACCACCUGAUACUGAGAAGAUAGAAGAACAGGCUAGAACUGUCUUGGAGGUGAAAUUUGCAGCAUACAGGGAGGCUGUGCGUGCUCGGCCUGAACUCAGAAGCAAUCAUGGUACUGAACUUCUCCCUUCCAUAAUCCAGACAGUCCAGUUCCUCCUGCACAUCUCCCCAGGGUCCAAACGUGAGCUCAGUGUUCGGCUGGCAGACUGCCAUCUCCUGCAUGGACACAUCAGAACUGCCCUGGAAAUCUGUGACCACCUCUUAGCAGCAGAGCAGAAAACUUAUUACAAUACUCUCCUAGCAUUGCGAGGAUUCUGCUGCCUCCACACUCAGAACCAGCAGCAAGCUCUGCAGGACUUUCAAAAAGUCAUCGAGCAUGAUUCCCCGCAUCCUAGCAGUUGUAUUAAAGCCUUAUGUGGGCGUGGACUUAUCCGGAUUUCUGGUGGCAGCCACUACUUGACAGCCCUGGAUUAUAUUACAGCUUGCCAGCUGAAGCUGGAAGAAACCAUCUUCACAAUCAAGUCCUAUGUGCCGUGGAACCAAAGAGGACUGCUGCUAAAGGUUCUCCAAGAAGAGGGACAGAAGAUGCUCCAGAAGAAGAGGGAUGCCCUUGGGGUUUACCAGCUGGCUUCUCUCUUGGUGGAACUAGAUCUUUCUGAUGAAGCAUCACAGAUUCUUUGUGCUGAUGCUUUGUACCAGAUGGGCUGGGUAGAAGAAGCUCACAAACUACUGUUACUGGCACUCUCCAGAAAUCCACAAAGAUCACCCAUCCUGGCUAGACUCGCACUUCUGCAAUUGAAGAAGGGUUUCUUGUAUGAUGGCAACCAGCUGCUAAAGAAAGUGAUCAAAAUUGGUGAUACCUCCUGCCUCCUGCCAAUCAUGGACAUUUUCAAAGAUGAAGAUCGGAAGCUGAUGGAAACUCACUGCCGUUUCAGAGCACUGACCAUCCUGAAGAACAAACAGAAGGAUGCUGACAUCAAAGAGGCCAUUGCCUAUCUUUCUUUUGCCAUCAUUGCUUCAGGUGGCUCUGCUGAAGACUGCCUCCUCAUCAGGGCUCAGUGUUAUGGGCGCCUUGGUCAGAAGAAAACUGCUAUUUUUGAUUUUAAUGCUGUCCUAAAGGAGGACCCUGGGAAUGUUCAAGCCCUGAGUGGACGUGGAUUCGUUUACCUUGCUCUGAAGCAGCAGAAGGAGGCAGUACAAGAUUUGAUCUCAGCACUGAAGGCAGAGGCAGGCACAGUGAUCCCAGCAAUAUUGUCUUUAAAGCAUGAAGCCCGGGAGUUGAUCGCUCAGUGGCUUCUUCAGCAUGGCAGGACUGUGUUAGCUGAGCUUGUUGCUACUAAAGACCUUUCAAAGGAACGAAGGACCCUCAGGGACCUCCUCGUGAUUGCAGGGGCACUAAUCAAAAUUUGCAAGGAUGCACAAUAUCACAUCUUCUAUACAGACGUUUUGACUGCAAAUGGAAGGUAUGAAGAGGCCCUGGUUCACCUUCAGGAAGCAUUUGACCACUCUCGUGCUGAUGAGUUUGCUAACGCAAGACUGGCUGUGUUGCAGCUGAAGAAGAGGAAUAUGCCAGUGGCAGCUCACUCAUUCAGCAUCCUAGCUAGGAAAGAUGAAAGGGAGCUGAGGUUUCUCCUGAACUUCGUAGAUGCUAAGCAACAGCAGCAUCUCUCUCAGGUAGCAGUGCAAGAAGGAAAUGUGUUGAUUAAAGAAUAUCGCUAUGAGAAGGCUCUUGGUUAUUUUACCCUGGCUAUCUUGACAAGCAAAGAUAAUCCAAGAUACCUCCGACAGAGGGCUGCUUGCCUUAUGCACCUGAAAAAAUAUGACAAAGCUUUAAAAGAUAUGGAGAAAGUAAUCCAGAACCAUGGCUCUAACAGUCUGAGAACACGAGUUCAGGACCACUGUUCAAAAGGACUCCUGCUACUGUCAGUGUCAGAGGAAGAAGCAGCAGUUAAGCAGUAUAUUGAAGCACUGCAGUUGGAUGAAGCUAUAGCAUUGUGCAGCAUCGUGAAUGGCCCUGGCAGUGAAACUUUAGCCAGAACUUUUCAUAAGAUUGCACAAUACAAUUUUGAAAUGCAGCAUUAUGAAGAGGCCUGGAAAAUCACUGAUUAUGGCCUUAAAAUUGAUAAAAAUAAUCCUGAACUUAAGAAACUGAAAACAAGACUCAAGCGAGAGGCAUCAGGCUGUAGCAUACAUUAAUUUAUCCGUUUGGGAAUUUUCCAGUGACUGUUUUUUUCUUGUUUGUUUGUAAGGCUGCAAGAAUAAGGGAAGGACGAGGAGCUCAUGAUAAAUAUGGAAUGGAAAAUGGCACUGAAUGUGUAACAGCAAGACUAGAAGUAGAAAAUUUCAGAUAGUGAAACAAAACUGACCAAGGGAGCUACGAGAAAAAGGCAAAUGGCAUUCAUUAUUCAGUAUUCUUUAAAAUUAUUGUGGAUGUGCAGAAGCCUUGUGAAGAAUGUGUUUCUCUGGCUAAACUGAAUAAUUAAUUCCCUAACACACUGAUUCCAAUCAUAGUGAAGGAAAGCAGUCAAGUAGCUUGCAGUUUAUGAAAUAAUAACCACGUAUUUCCUUGCUACUUAUCUGAUAGUUUUAACACAUACUGCUCAACUAGCUAGCCUUAUUUUUGUAGGCCAAAAUGUUUGCUCAAAAGUGACAUUUGUAAUGUGUUUUUAAGUUGUGAAACAUCACGUGCUACACCAGUUAAAUAUCCCACUCCUGAAUGGAAGGAACUGCUGACAUAUUCUAAUGGAUUUACAAUAAUCAGCAGCAAUGUAGGGAAGCGGGGCAGUACAAAUGCAAAGCAAUCUUUUCUAAUGUCCCAGGCAACAUAAGAUGAAGGAUGAGAUCCAGCAGAGAUGAAACAUCCAACCUAGUGACUAAUACCUUGCUUUCCGGGGGACAGAGACAGCUGUACUAUAGACAGACUGAUGAAUCUGGAUAGAAGAAACUCCAGUGAUCACUUCUACAUGUUGCUUUAAGGUUAAGCUGCAAUUUGGAAGAUUAUGCAGCUUUGAGAGGCGUUACUCAUUCUGUGCCUGCAGCUGAUGGCUGAAAUUGUUUUCAGAAGAAACUAUUGUAAUACCUGUUCCUUGAAAGUCUCUUUUGCAACACACUUCAGGACAUUCUUACAGCAUGCUGGUGUAAACGUUGGAUAACUACAAAGAAUUCAAGCAUAUUUAUGAGUCAACACUAGCAUAAUCAGGAAGGGAAUGUGGCCUGAUCAACCCAGGUCAACAGUGGAACUGGAUACCAAUUUGAAACCUACAUUCAUCCCAAGGAAAGCUUCAACACCUGUAGUUUAUGCAACUCUGAGCUCUAUGCAGAUACUAACAAAUAUCCCUUUGCUCCCUCUGAAUUUAAUUCCUUUGAAGUUUUCUUCAACCUCAGCAAUGCACCAGCGAGGCUGUAAUAAUUGCAGUUAAUCUACGUGGGGAGGCAGAGAAGCUGAAAGAAGACUACCUUGCUGCACCUUGUCACCAGGACGCCAAAGAAUACUGCAGACCUGCACCUGCCUCACAGAAGUGUACGUCUCUGACACCCCGAGUACAGGAGCAGUGCUUUGUUUGGUCACUGAAGUGCCUGGAGGGCAGAAGACGAGGAUGAUACCACCGUUUGUAGUGUUCAGCGGUUGAGAAGCAGUGAGGACAGGGUCCAUUCCUGAUGUAUGGCACCUCCAGCAGUUACUCUGUGAAAGAACUGACCGAAUCUCUCUACCUUCUAUGCUGCAGCUCCCGAUACUACAGCCACCUUCCACACAAGCACCAGCUCAUUCAGAACACAAGUUCAGAAAAUCUUCAGCCUGAACAAUGCAAGUCUUCCAGCUUCCAUAAGUGUCCUGACCAUCAGUGUGCAUGCAGGAAGAAGCUACACAAACUACAUGCCUUGUACAACUGAAAAACAUUCUCCACCAGGCAGAGAUCCUUGUGUUCUUAGGCUCCUCUUCAGAUGGAGGGAUGAGAAUAGCUGCCUUCACACUUGACAGAAGCGUAAGAUAACUUGAUGCUGAAAUAAAGGCACAUUCUCACACAGGUUUUAAGGCAGAGCACUGACUAGAAGAAGAGGCUCAGACUCCUGGCAGAAGAAACUGGCAUUCAUUGUUUCCUACCCCAUUCAGGGAGACAGGUCUGGGCUCAUAUUCUUGGAACAUUUUGUUUGUACGUUCCCAGCAAACAGGACUGCCUCAAAGAAAUCCCUGCUUUUCCCUCAGCACUUCCUCCUUCCUUCUCAACGCACACCUCUCCGGUCAAGAGGUACCAACCUUCAUUUCAUCUGGGUAGCAAUAGCUUCGGCAGGA